AUGGGCGACGAAAACGAGACAAAGCAGGGAACCAUCUACUCCCGCAACAAGGAAGACACAAUCGAGGCCGAGACUCUCCUCUGGCGUGCCAUGUGCGACGGCAAGCCCAAGGCCUUGCGCAGGUACCUCGACAAAGAGGCCGUUCUAUCGCACCCCGGCGACAAGAUCUAUUCCCCUAAAUCGAAGCCCACGCUCCAGGAGCACUUGGAUGACUGGGAGCCCUGGACGGCUUACCGCAUCCAGGACGACCCCGAGUUCGUCGAGAUUGACUUGAUGAGCUCAAGUCUCGUGUAUCGCGUUACCGCCUGGCGACAAAAGGGCAACAAGCUCGUUGCUACCGAGGGAAUUUGCAACAGCGUCUGGAAGCAGGAGCCUGGUGGAGAGUGGACUUGCUGCUGCCACCACAUGAGUGUUCUUUGA